CACACACAUUGGACCACGGUGAGUUUCUUUUGCUUCCUUUUGUACGAUUCCUUCUAGCUAUUCCGCUCUUGUUCAACAAGCUUGUUUUUUGUUUGUUAGCUACCAGCAUCGACUUCGAAUUCUCCAAAUGAUUCUUUGGUAUUGGGCAUCUAAUUAUUUGUGCCAACUAAUUCUAUCAAUGAAAUUUGGCAAUUAUAUAUCGGCUUCAAUAUUGCCUAGUCAAGGUAUCGGACAAUUCCAUUAAGGAUUUGGGCUGGGCCUUGUUUUAUAUGAAUGGGCCGGGCUCUAUUUUAAACGCCCAAAUGUCCUCACGUCGUAUGCCUGUUUGGAAACACACCGUAAAAAUUCAUCACCGUAAACCUCCGGUGCACCUUCGCCGGUUUCGUUCCAGCUUCGUCGACGGCUUUUGGCUCACUCACCAGAUUAUUCCAUCACGAAUUCGCUCAAUAUCUACUCUAAUUUAUGUUUUGAUACUUUAAUUCCCUCUGAAUAGAGAGCCUCAAACGCGAGGAGUAAAUAAUUUAUUUGAGGGUUUAUUGAAAGAAACAUUUUUGGAUCAUGGCCAAGAGCACCGCAGAAACGAAUUCUACGUCGACGCUCGAUGGGAAUGCGGAUACGUUCAACGUGGAAGCUGCCGAAAUUCUUGCAAAUGAGGCACUGCGAAUGCCUAUUUCAGAUGCAGUGCCAAUAUAUGAGAAACUUCUGGCUACAUUUCCCACUUCGGCAAAGUAUUGGAAGCAGUAUGUCGAAGGACUUAUGGCUGUAAACAAUGAUGAAGCAACAAGACAAGUUUUUAGCCGUUGCCUUUUGAAUUGCUUGCAAGUUCCUCUUUGGCGCUGUUACAUCCGCUUCAUAAGGAAAAUAAAUGACAUGAAAGGAUUAGAAGGUCAGGAAGAGACAAAAAAAGCUUAUGAAUUCAUGCUUAACUAUGUUGUUAGGAUGUUUAUAAGCGUUUCUUUAUUGGUGCUGACAGGAGCUGAUAUAGCAUCUGGUCCUGUGUGGAUGGAAUACAUUGCAUAUUUGAAAUCCUUACCGGCACAAACAACAUUAGAGGAGUCACAAAGGAUGACUGCCAUACGAAAGACUUAUCAAAGGGCAAUUGUGAUGCCCACUCAUCAUGUUGAACAGCUUUGGAGGGACUAUGAGAAUUUUGAAAAUUCAGUUAGUCGUGCAUUGGAGGAAAUGCAAUGGAAGUCUUGGAAAAAGUUGCUGAGCUUUGAGAAAGGCAACCCCCAGCGAAUUGACAACGCCUCUUCGAACAAACGAAUUGCAUUUGCUUAUGAGCAGUGCCUCAUGUAUUUAUAUCAUUAUCCUGAUAUAUGGUAUGACUAUGCGACAUGGCAAGCAAAAAGUGGUUCCAGGGACUCGGCCAUCAAAGUUUUCCAGCGUGCUUUGAAGGCUCUUCCUGAUUCUGACAUGCUAAAGUAUGCUUAUGCUGAGCUAGAGGAAUCUCAUGGAGCAGUUCAGGCAGCGAAAAAAGUAUUUGAAAGUCUAAUUGGAGAUGGUGUGAAUGCAACUGCUUUAUCACACAUCCAGUACAUAAGAUUUUUAAGGAGAACUGAAGGUAUUGAAGCAGCUCGGAAAUACUUUCUGGAUGCACGCAAAUCUCCAAACUGCACUUACCAUGUUUAUGUUGCAUACGCAAUGAUGGCUUUUUGUCUGGAUAAAAAUGCAAAGCUUGCACACAAUGUAUUUGAAGCAGGUCUCAAACGCUUUAUGCAUGAGCCGAGCUACAUUCUAGAGUAUGCUGAUUUCCUGUGUCGGUUGAAUGACGAUAGAAAUGUCCGUGCGUUGUUUGAACGAGCUUUGAGCUCACUUCCACCUGAUGAAUCUGUAGAGGUUUGGAAUAAAUUCAUUCAGUUUGAGCAGACCUAUGGAGAUCUUGCCAGCAUGUUAAAGGUUGAGCAAAGGAGGAAAGAAGCUUUAUGCAGAAUGGCCGAGAAUGAGGAUUCCGUUUUGGAAAACUCUCUGCAAGAUGUUAUAUCACGGUAUAGGUUUAUGGAUCUCUGGCCUUGUUCAUCUAAGGACUUGGAUCAUUUAGCCCGGCAAGAGUGGCUUACUAAAAAUGCGAUUAGGAAGGCUGAAAAUGCUGUUCCAGCCAACGGGCCUACGUCUACAGACUGGAAAAUUUCAAGUGUUCCAAAAAAUCCAGAUAUUUCUGGCAAGAUUGGUAUUAUACAGAAUGGUGAUCAGAAUGGCCCUCCUGCCCCUGGAUUGACUGCUUUCCCAAACCCGUUGACCAGUGGUGUACCUGUAAAUAGUGGAGGAACAACUGCAAUCAAUGAUAUUUUAAAAACCCUACCCCCACCUUUAGCUGCAUUUGUGACUAAUCUGCCAGCUGUUGAA